GGGCUGCCUCCUGGGGACGCGGAGCAAGUCACCUUGGCGCUCGGGGCCGGGGCCGACAAAGACGGGACCCUGCUGCUGGAGGGUGGUGGCCGCGACGAGGGGCAGCGGAGGACCCCACAAGGCAUCGGGCUCCUGGCCAAGACCCCCUUGAGCCGUCCGGUCAAGAGGAACAACGCCAAGUACCGGCGCAUCCAAACUUUGAUCUACGACGCCCUGGAGAGACCGCGGGGCUGGGCGCUGCUGUACCACGCGCUGGUGUUCCUGAUUGUCCUGGGGUGCUUGAUCCUGGCUGUCCUGACCACCUUCAAGGAAUACGAGACCGUCUCAGGAGACUGGCUUCUGUUGCUGGAAACAUUUGCUAUUUUCGUCUUCGGAGCCGAGUUUGCUUUAAGGAUCUGGGCUGCCGGAUGUUGCUGUCGAUACAAAGGCUGGCGGGGACGACUGAAGUUUGCCCGGAAGCCCCUGUGCAUGCUGGACAUCUUCGUGCUGAUUGCUUCUGUGCCCGUAGUAGCUGUGGGAAACCAGGGCAAUGUCCUGGCCACCUCCCUGCGAAGCCUGCGCUUCCUACAGAUUCUGCGCAUGCUGCGGAUGGACCGGAGAGGCGGCACCUGGAAGCUCCUGGGCUCAGCCAUCUGCGCUCAUAGCAAAGAACUCAUCACUGCCUGGUACAUCGGUUUCCUGACCCUCAUCCUUUCUUCAUUUCUUGUCUACCUGGUUGAGAAAGAUGUGCCGGAAGUGGAUGCACAAGGAGAGGAGAUGAAAGAGGAGUUUGAGACUUAUGCAGAUGCCCUUUGGUGGGGCCUGAUCACACUGGCCACCAUCGGCUAUGGAGACAAAACACCCAAGACGUGGGAAGGCCGUCUGAUCGCUGCCACCUUCUCCUUAAUUGGUGUCUCUUUUUUUGCUCUUCCAGCAGGCAUCCUGGGAUCAGGACUGGCGCUCAAGGUGCAGGAGCAGCACCGUCAGAAGCACUUUGAGAAAAGGAGGAAGCCAGCUGCUGAGCUCAUCCAGGCUGCCUGGAGGUAUUACGCUACCAACCCCAACAGGAUUGACCUUGUGGCAACUUGGAGAUUCUAUGAAUCAGUUGUCUCUUUUCCAUUUUUCAGGAAAGAACAGCUGGAGGCAGCAGCCAGCCAAAAGCUGGGUCUCUUGGAUCGGGUUCGCCUUUCUAAUCCUCGUGGUAGCAAUACUAAAGGAAAGCUAUUUACCCCUCUGAAUGUAGAUGCCAUAGAAGAAAGUCCUUCUAAAGAACCAAAGCCUGUUGGCUUAAACAAUAAAGAGCGUUUCCGCACCGCCUUCCGCAUGAAAGCCUACGCUUUCUGGCAGAGCUCUGAAGAUGCCGGAACUGGUGAUCCCAUGGGGGAAGACAGGGGCUAUGGGAAUGACUUCCUCAUAGAAGACAUGAUCCCCACCCUGAAGGCUGCCAUCAGAGCCGUCAGAAUUCUACAGUUCCGUCUCUAUAAAAAAAAAUUCAAGGAAACUUUGAGGCCUUAUGAUGUGAAAGAUGUGAUAGAGCAGUAUUCUGCAGGCCAUCUCGACAUGCUCUCCAGGAUAAAGUACCUGCAAACAAGAAUAGAUAUGAUUUUCACCCCUGGACCUCCAUCUACUCCAAAACAUAAGAAGUCUCAGAAAGGGGCAGCAUUCACCUACCCAUCCCAGCAGUCUCCCAGGAAUGAACCAUAUGUAGCCAGAACAUCCACGGCAGAAAUGGAAGACCAAAGCAUGAUGGGAAAGUUUGUCAAAGUAGAAAGACAGGUGCACGACAUGGGGAAGAAGCUGGACUUCCUGGUGGAGAUGCACGUGCAGCACAUGGAGAGGUUGCAGGUCCGGGUCUCAGAGUACGGCCCGGCCAAGGGGACUUGCUCGCCAGCUGCCGGGGAGAAGAAGGAGGACAGCAGGUAUUCAGACUUGAAAACCAUCAUCUGCAACUAUUCCGAGGCGGGCGCCCCCGAGCCUCCCUACAGCUUCCACCAGCUGCCCAUCGACAAGGUUGGCCCCUAUGGAUUCUUUGCGCACGACCCUGUGCACCUACCCAGAGGGGGAACCGCUUCUGCCAAGGCCCAGGCUGCCCUUCCUUCCUCGGCCAGCUCAUAUGCAGAAAGGCCCACGGUUCUGCCUAUCCUGACCCUGCUAGACUCCCGAGGGAGCUUCCCCUCCCAGGCUGAGCCACGCGGCCCCUGCUCUGAACGCAUCUCGCCGAGGCAGAGGUGCAGCCUCACUCGGGACAGUGACACUCCCCUGUCCCUGAUGUCGGUCAACCACGAGGAGCUGGAGCGGUCCCCGAGCGGCUUCAGCAUCUCCCAGGACAGGGAUGAUUACACGUUCGGCCCCGGCGGAGGGUCCAGCUGGAUGCGAGAGAAGCGCUACCUUGCAGAGGGUGAGACGGACACGGACACCGACCCCUUCACGCCCAGCGGGUCCCUGCCCCUGUCGUCCACGGGGGACGGGAUUUCGGAUUCCAUAUGGACCCCUUCCAACAAGCCCACCUAGCGGGGGUCACUGGCUGGCUCCUUGCGAUGUACACAGACUUUGUACAGCCCCCUGACUCAGCCUGUGCGUCCAGCGGGGACACCAGUAGCUGCAUCGAGUGCAUGCGCGUGCGCAGGGCCCGGCCAGAGCGGGUUCUCCCGCGUCCUUCCUCCCCGGUCACCGAAACACAGCCGCUUCCUUCUCAGCAUGGUUUGCAUGACGCAACACUGUCUAAGUGGUACCGCUAGUCUCCUCUAGGAUACACAUCUAUCUGCUGUUCUUACUUUCAGUCGUGACUGGACCAGUACAGGACCAGUACAGGGAGAGAUUACGGACGAGCCGCGCUGUUUGUUUCUUUGGUUGACUGGUUAUGGGGUUUUGGUUUGGUAAGCAGAGAAUAUAGUUUAAGUUAUUACCCCCCCACACACACACCAUGUAAAAUAUUCCAGGAAUUAACUUUACUAAAGCAAGUAACUUUCUCAACAAGAACACACUGCAUACCAAUGAGGCUGCUGACCGAUUGAACACAAGGGAAGGCACAAGAUAGCUCUUAAGUCUCCAAAAUCAAGAAGUUGAAACUUAUUUUCUUAACGAAGAGCCAGAAGAAAAAAAAAACAUUUAAAAAUUCUCAAAGGGACUUCACAUGCUCUGCCACUGUCCCGUAUAUGUCUCAGUUUCCCUAUCUGUAAGGGUAUUGAUAAUCCCUGUUACGGCAUUUCACAUGUAUUAUAAACCGGUGGGGAGACACCACACACACACACACACACACACACACACACACACACAUGCCACAGACACAAACACAAAAAUUAAAAUAGUUACCAAUUUAUGUAACCAAAGACAGUGAAGUUUACUAGCAGCAGGGUGGCCCUCUGGGCAGGACCCAAGUUCAGUGUCUUCAAAACAAGGUCCCAACUAUUAAAAAGAAAUGAGGUUCCAACUCAUGUUGCUCCCUGUGUAUCCAUGCAAAGCAAAACUUAGAAUCAAGAGGGCAUGCAGAAAUUAUCUUUUCCAAGUUUUUGUUCUUAAUGAUGAGAAAUCUUAGGCUCAGGUAUAGAGACUUACCUGAGUCUACUCCAUGGUGCCGUGGAGAGCCAGGACUCAAAGCUCCUGCCUGCUGCCUUCCUCUCUGCCCUGCUCUCCUUUCCUCACACCACUCUGCUGUUUGCAUACUGGGACCCAGAAAUGAAGGCAAGAUACUGGCACCCUGUGUUGUGUGGGAAGAAAUUCCCACAGUCGAUCUAGCAGGAGAACGUGUUCUGUUAAUGUGAAACAUGCUUUCUUGCUGCAUUACAUUUGGGACCCAGAACAAAUAGUAAUACACCCAAGAUAUAUCUGUCAACAUGCAAAUAGGCAAACUUUCCAAAACCAUCCACUCUUACUCCACCAGAUUUUGCCAAUGGAAGCACCUACACUACAUAUAAUUGUGAGAUUUUUCUGGAGUGUGAGCAGACAUGUGGCAUGCUCUGGGCUGUAGAAGUGUUUGUGUUAAGCACAAGCCUUGCUGUGGCCUCUUAGGAGAUAUUGCUACUUUCUGAAAACUCUGAUGGGAAAGACUUCUGGUAGUCUUGGGAUGCAGUCAGUAAAUGACAUUACUCUCAUACUCCGUGAACCUACACUGUAGUGGUGGUGGGUUGCCAUGGUGACCGUCAAACAGAUCAAAAUGGUCUAAGCAAAUAUCUACAUGCCACUGCCAUCAAAAUUCUCCCUCACAGUUUUGUCAAGAUGGCAAAGCUAGAUGGCAAACAUCUAGUCGAUGCAUUCAUCAGAGUCCUGCCCUGUGUUGGAGACAGUCUUCACACAUUGGUUCCUUUUAAUUCACACACCAGUGAAUCUUGCACAAAAGACUAAGAAUACCAUACUCAUGAAGGGUUGGCCCCUGACUUUAGAAACUUAAACCAAAGCCUGAAAUCUCUGAACAAGGGCUGGUGUUGUAAAUGAUAGAAAGGAGCUUGACAUGCAGCAUCCCAUGGGUAUUGACUGGUAAGUCCAAGUCAGGAAGUAUGCAAGAGUCAUCCUACACAUUGGACAAGAAGCCCCUACCCUACAGUUUUCCUCAUGACUUUUCAGCAAUUGCAAAGGCAAAGGGCAUGGGCCUUUUGGUCCUCAUCCCCCACUCCCAUCAAUAUGGCUUCACUACUGCCACUGGGGCUGUAACCUAAGAAACUGUCCUAUAUCUUUUCCUAGGGGGUUGGGUCUUGGCCCUGAUCUUCCUGGGCUCUUUAUCCAGAAACCACUGUGCUAUCUAUCUAUCUUACAUCUUCCCAAGUUAUUGGGAACAGAAACAAAAAGAGAACACAAAUCAAACCCUGCACGUAUAUACCAAUUAUUCUUUCUAAUGUACUAAUAUUCUUGUGGAAUUCAAGAGCAGUGUUUUACAAAUAGAUCCGUAUUUCACGACUUCAUUGAGGUUCUUGCUCAAGAGUGAGAUCUUUUUAUUCCCAUGCUGAAAAUGUUUACCAUAGACCUAAAAUUAGAUACACUACUUAAAGUUCUUUUAAUAACCUGCCAAAAAUGGUAGCUUGUAAUACUUUUCAAAUGAUAGGCAGGAAAUACAGUUUCCCUGAUGAUUACAAGGUUAUAGCAGGAAUUGGGUUUGUGUUGAUUUUCCAGCAUCUAAUGAGUUCUACUCAUCAGUGUGGACACCGACAAGAUACUUAGCUCAUGAAUGAAUGAUCAGAACAUUAAGAACUGGUUUUUCCCAUCUAGGAAAACAGAAGACAAUAAUUAUCCUUUAGAAUAAUUCUGCUUUGACAUUUAUUUUUUUAUCAAAAACUAAAUUCUAGAAAAAUAAACCAAUCAUACUCAGGUUGCCUGCUUACCAAUAUGACUGGCAUUGAAGAAGCAUGAGCUUGGGUUCGGGAUUCAACAUGAGCAACGGGAAUAAACAGUGUGUGCUUCACAGAAUUUCUCUUCUCAGAUAAAGAAACCACAUGAUGAAUGAAUCCAACAGAACAGAAUCUAACAGCAUGCCCCAAUAUACACUGGUAGUUCCACAGUUGUCCAAAAUAUCACUGUAGUUUGGGCCAAAACCCAUGGAAAUACUGACAAAUUAAUCAUAUCAUAAUAACUAGGAAUGAUUUUCUCAGGUAAACUGUGACCCUGUUAUAGUGGUAUAUAUCUGGUUUCUGAGUGUUAUAUACCAUUACAAAUUUAAGAGGUGGGGCAGGGAUGUAACCCAGUGGUAGAGCCAUUGUCUAGAACAUAUAAGGUCCUGGAUUCUAUCCUCAGCACUGCAAAAAUUAAUAUAUCAAGUAAAUUGGACCUCAGUGGUAGAGCUCUUGCAAGGCCCUUGAGUUUGAUUCCCUAGCUCCACUCCCAAAUUAAGAAGUCAUAUUUUAACAAGAUAAAAAUGAACGAGAUAUAUCAACUUAUUAAUGUUAGGCAAGUGGUAAUCUUGUGGGCUGAGAAAAAACUAUUUGAAAUCAACUGUGAGUUUUAACCAUCAAAUCAUAGCACAUAAUCAAACAUCAAAAGUUUAGGAAAGAAUUUUUGAAGUUGCUAGCAGUGGUGGUACACUCCUAUAAUCCAGCACUUGGGAGGCUGAGGCAAUAGGAUCACCAUAAGUUCAACAUCAGCAUAUACACCAAAUUAAGAAAGUACUAUAUUGGUUCUUAGAACUUAGAAUUCAGACUUAUUAGUCAUGACACUGAUACUACAAACUUCUAGUUUCAUGAAAACAUACAUACAAAACUCCAAAGAAUAAAGGUCAAAACAAACUAAUUAAUCAACAAUUAUGCAUCUUUUUCCUAUCUUCAGGCAAUUCCAGACACUGUAAAGAAGUAAUUACUUGUAGAACAAAACUAAUAUAAUGAUCUACUCAAAAUUUGCCAAAACCAUUUCAUAAUUUCAUGAUACUCUAGUGAGAUUGUAAUAAAGAAAAAUUCAUGUUUGUCAUUUGACAAGAUUUAUUAAGCACCACCAUUUACAAGAAACCAUAAAGCAGAAAUCCAGAGAUUAGAAAAUUCAGUUUCUGCCAUAAAAAAUCUGGUGUUAGAAGCCCCAUAAAUGUCGUAGGCCCCUUCAACCUAUGUCAGCAAGGAUGAGAAAUGUCUUAUUUCACCCGGUGGCCACCUCUACCAACAGGAAUGUUUCUCAGCUUGGAAGCAGUUGAAGGUUCAACACUGAAGAAAGUGAGAACGAAAAUGUUCAUCAAAAUGUUAAGGAUCCCAUCACCCCAGGGAAGGCUGAAUUGGUUGAAUGAGGACUUUGAGUUUGGUUUCAAUGUCUUGAACUUUAAAGUUUUGGACUUCUUGGUGCAAGACAGUAUGUGAAAAAGGUCCUUAGGCAAAACAGAUUUCUCCUAUCUAAAUUCCUGCCAAGAUGGACACCAAGAGAGUUCUACUGCAUUGUGCUGACCAAGAGAAGCUGUGGUAAAAGUCAUGUCACAGCAUCUAUUUAAAGAGAAAAAGGCCACUCUGCCUGUGAGGACCUGUAGAUCCAAUUCUUUGGGGGAAAGAGAAGAAAUUUGUCAUGGUCUUAGAAGUCAACUACACUCCCAACAGUGCUGCCAAACACACCUUGAACUCUUCAAACCUUUGCCAUCUGAAAGAUGCCACAGAAUUGCCCUUCAUCUUUCCUGAUGUCUAAGGCACCUAGGACUAUAAAGAUUUUCUUUAUUUCCCAAGCCUUAAGGCAUCAUUAGGAAUUUGCAUUCACUUGUCCUUGAAAGCUUGCUCAUUUCAGGAUGAACUCUCUAAAAAGCUAAAUCCUCUUUUAGCAUCCAAACUACUCAACUGUGCUGGGGUUACUGACAUUGCACCUUGCAAACCUAAACUAUAUGCCUCUUCAAAAAAGUAGCAGGUAGCACUUCACAGAUGCUCCAGUUGACCAUGUUAGGGCCUGAUUAUCUGCAUAUCUCUUGUGAUUUUUGAAAGCCAGUAUGGCAGUGUCAAAGAGAUAGGAUUUAGAGAUGACUUAGAGACAAAAAUUGUACUUGGAGACAUAUAAAAGCAUGUGACUCUUCUGGCCUGUUUUGAAGUUCAGAUGAGACUAUCUAGAUAUAAAGCCACUACUAUAGUGACUGAACCAUACUCGGGACUAAUUUUCAUGUUCCUGCUUUAUAGUAUGUGUGGAUUCCAUUGUCAGUUGCUGAUAUUACUUAACUCUAGACUUACACCAGAAAAUAUUUUUCAGAAAAAAAGGAUGAUUGAGAUAUGAUCCCAAUUAUUACAUGAUGAAAUCAAGCACUUCCACAACUAAAAAUGAUUACUCUUUCCAUCAAAGUACAGAAGAGAAGGACCGUUGCAAUGAAGAGAGAACAGGAAGGUUGGAUCCCGUGGCGGGCCUGUGGAAGCCCCAUGGGACAUAGCCAUAUGUUGCACUAUUUUCUCAAAGGAUGAUUUGUAGGAGGUAAAGCCCAAAAGGAAUGGUGAAACAUGAAAAUUUUGUUUUUCCCACAAGGCAAGUCAACUCUGGCAGGAUGGCUAUCAGACAACACCCUCACAGCGAGUAGGAGAACUUACAGAAGAAAGAGUUUAACCCAGCUCAUAUCCUCUCAAGGCUGGUAUACGUCCACCCUCUAACAGCCUCACGCAUCCCUGUAGAAAAAUUGUGACUACUGUUGUGGCUUAUUAUUAUUGAUGGAAGAAGACAUAAUUUCAUGAACCUGAGAUGUUCAGAAGAAAAGGACACCUUGAUUGUCCCGAAGAGCCAGCCCUCUUUUUAAAUCAGACAGCAGAGUUUCUGAGUGCAGGGAAUCACAGUUGGUCUCUUGGUGAUGAAAUAAAGCAACCGAGUAGCAGAUUAAAUCUUGAGCCCAGAUUUCUCAACUCUUGGUCCAAAUGUGCAACAUAAGUGCUACUUUUGAGCUCAGAAAAUGAAAAAAACAAAACAAAAAAAAACCUUUCAGAACCACUCAAGAAACUGCUAAACCAAACACCAAACACGUUUUGAAGAGUCUUCCCUUCUCUAGGAUUUGGAUGAUGCUUCUGUGUCUUGAAACAUGAUAAUGUUCCUUCUUCCAAACUAUAGCGGCUUUCAGAAAGCCCAAGGAAACCCUGCUGAUGCUGGAUGCAGCUGAGAAAAGAAUUCAGAAGACAAGCCCUUGAUCAUGGAUACCCCUACUCUGCGCUCCUCUGGUCACUUCUAUUUUAGCCCUCCCUUGUCCUGCCAAGCUUGGAAUGAUUCACUUCUAUGCUCCAUCACUUGGAUUCACUCAGCUCCAGAGUUAGAUCUCAGGUUGUAGUCUCAUCUCUAGACGAGCUGAGCAGAGCUGCCGCAUGGGUUUUAUUUAAGAAAAUGGGAUAUUAUAUUGGGGCAAGCUGUAUUAUAUUAGGACCCAACUUGCUGGUCCUACCAAAAAUGUCCCUUUGCACUGGGAUCCCUGGAUCUCCCCUGAAUACUACCUGGUGUUGCUCACUUUGUUCCAGAGAAGCCCCAAGUACUCUAGAGCCUUUUCCAAAAGCUAUAGAGAAGGAAACAAGAUUCAGUAUCAGAGGUCUGAUAUUUCUGUGACUCAAAUAUUAGUCCGAGAAGCAACAGGCCUCUUUGGCUCAAAUGAGGCUCUCUGUUGGUGGUUUCCACUUUUGUUUUGCUGAGGAUAAAUUUGCCAGAAUUUGGCAGGACUCCCUAGUGGCCCUUGUUAAACUAGUGGUAGGGUAUUUAACUCUCCUGGGUCAGUCUCAACCAAAAGCCCAGAGUCAAAAAGAAAGACAGUCAAGGUCUUGGAUGGCAAUAGUUGACCCAGUAAUUUUAGAAACUGUCACUCAAUAUAUGUCUUCUUCCUCCAAAUAGCACUGUUCUGGGAUUAAACUAAAUUUCAAGGGAAAAUAAUGGAAUCGAUAAUGAAAUAGUCUGAGAAUGGUUUAUAAUUAAUCGGUCAAGAGCCUAGCUGGUGCUUAGGAAUAUAUUUGUAAUUCCUCUAAUGUUUGUCAAAUGGGAUGCAAUUUGAAACCUGAGAGUUAUGAAAACUAACAGCCUGUUUUAUUUCAAUGUUCCAUUCUCUUCCUCUGUCUACAAGGUGGGGGGUCAGGGAAGGGGAGAGAAACUUAUCCUAAGCUCUCUUUACAAGUGACGUAUGACAUUAUACUGCUUUCACUUGACUGUCCCAUCUUCAUUGCAAACCCAUGAAGGAAAUGUUAUUGUCUGCAUCUCAGAGCUAAAAGGGAAAAGAUGUUACCAAAGGUCACAUAUUACAAGAGGAAGAGCUAGGGUUUUAACCAAAGUCUUCCCAGCCAAAGCUUAUUCUGUGUCCCAAGCCUCCCAGAUCAAUAGAUAUAUUCUGAAAUCAUGCCCUGUGUUUUCUCACAAUGCCUGGCCUUCCUCUGUCCAGCUAGCUUUAAAGUAAAGUGAUCAUAGACCUCCAAAUUUCUGGAGAGAAGAGCAACAGCCCAGUGCUGGCUAUUGCACUGGGCUCUUGAGUGAGUGGUUUCACAAUCUAGCUGUCAGUGGCAGAAAAGGAUGCCACAUAAAUUAUUCACCUGGUUCAUGUUGGAAUCCAUUAGCUCUUGGAGUUUAGUGACUGCGAGUAAUCCUACAAAUGCCCUUUGUUCUUUGUCCCCAAGGAUUUUCUGUCAUUGUUUUUAACCAAACUAGUUCAAAUGUCUCCGAGUCUCUGCUGACUCUGGUCUUUUGUCGCUACACUGAACAUUCAUUUCAGGGCUUUGAAAUCCUACAGAAACAGUUUAGUCUUUAUAAGUGUUCUCUGGAAGGCCAAAGGCUUAGAACAAUAGUUUCUCUCUUUCUCAGUAUUAAAAGAUCAAUGGAAGCCAAACAUAUUUGGUAAUGGGGUGCUUCCCUACUCCUCUGAAUACACUUCCAAGGGACAGAGGUCAGCUCUGCCUUCCCAUGUUCCUCUGAGGGUUAAGAUUCCAAGUGCUGGGCAAGUCCAAGAUGUGGGACCACUCUUCUGUCCAGCAGCAGACAUUUUGCUGAUGGAGAGGUAAGGUAGGCUUGGCCAUAUCUUGGAAAAUCACCUUAGAGAGGCAUUUGCCAGUCCUUCCCCAUUUUAAAGAGAAAAAUAAUCUCCAUCUUGCUUCAGACGGGAUAGGACUAUCUUUUCCCCUUUUUCUAAUGUUGCAAUGAUGGAAAAUACCAAUCAUUGAAGAACAAAUUAAGGUUUUCUGUGAUGUGAGCCCAUUGUAUUUGAUUUUGGGUUGUAUUUUCUUUAACCCCUUUUUAUGGCAUAGAAUUCUGGUGCCUUGGUCCCUGGAUUUGUCUCCAUGCUAAGAGUAGGCUUUCUUCACAUUCUGGCUUACACAGGAACACAACUAUUCCACAAGUGGCCUUUAGUGCUCUUUAUAAUAUGAUUUCCUGUAAUUUUUAAACUGUAUGUAUAAUUUAUAUUCUGGCUCUGUCCAAUAUUUGAACAACUUUAAUAGGUUGAUUUCCAUAUAUAUUAUGCAAACAAUUCUUACCUGAUUUUUUAUGUUCUAUCUUAAAAUAAAAUACUGC